AUUUCAACACAUACAUUUUAAUUUUAAAAAAUUUGAUUUUAGCUAUACUUUUUGUGUUUUGGCCUUAUAAUGGGUAGGACAUUUGUGUCUAAAUCAUUCAGUCCCCCAAAAAGUUGCUUCAGUCAUGAAAAAAUAUUUUCAAUCAAAGAAAAAAAUCAUUUGAAAAAUUGCCCUCUCCUAUUUUUUUUAUUUUUUGAAAAUAAUAUGCAGAGCAAAUGACCGUCUAAGGUGCUAGUCAUACGAUCUGUUCGAAAAAUAAUUUUUACCCACUAUAAAAUUAUCUUUUUUUUUUUUUUCAUUUCAUUCAUUUUUGUUUUGUGUUUUCUUGCUUUACAACUUUUAUAUCCAUAUAACAAAGUCAAUUACAUGCAAUGACACUUUUGGCCACCGGGGGGUUAAACUCCGCUUAUGCUUUUAUAUCUUUUAUGUUUCAAUUUUAUGACACCUGCCAUAGUUCUCAUUAUUAUUUACUUUUUCGACGGUAUUUCAUUACCCGAAUAAUUCUUUUAUUCGUACGUGCACUUUCGUACGUCCCUUUGUUUUGUUUUGUUGCAUUGAAAUAAAUAAAAUGGCUAGACUGUAUGCAAAUGAGAAGACCUUACCGGAAGUUUUCACAAGGUUGUGCCCCGGCAUUGCGCUAAUGAGCUGUCAAUCAGCGAGUACCGGAAAAGGCGGGUCUACCAUAACAAGACUAGAGGAGUCAGUCUUUCAGUCAUUCACUCGAGAAGAAGAGUGGAGAGGAAGGAGGUAGUUCACUCGGGCUUUUUUUCGGUUCCAAAAGAAGACACCAAUUCAGCAACCGAGCGGAAUUCGCUUUCUCUUGUCGGCUCCUUAAGUGUUUCUCCGCUGUCGGCUUGCUCUUUGUCGGGUCUCGAACAAUGGACCCUCAUCGCUGUGACGACGAGACGGACUACGAGGAUGAAGAAGUAGACCCUCGCAUCCAGGGCGAGCUGGAGCGACUCAACCAAUCGUCCGACGACAUCAACCGAUGCGAGAUGGAGCUGGAGGACGCCAGGCAAAAAUUCCGCUCUGUUUUGGUUGACGCCACCGUCAAGCUCGACGAGCUGCUCGACAAAAUCGGGAAACCCGUCGACGAGUCCAAACCGUACUGGGACGCUCGACGUCUAACCCGACAGGCCCAGCUGGAAGCCCAGAAGGCCACGCAGGACUUUCACAGAGCUUCCGAAGUCCUCCGCGCCGCCAAGGAGACCAUCUCGCUGGCCGAGCAGCGCCUCCUGGAGGAGGACCGACGCCAUUUCGACUCAGCCUGGCAGGAGAUGCUCAACCACGCCACGCAGCGGGUGUUGGAGGCGGAGCAAGAGAAGGCCAGAAGCGAGGCGGCACACAAGGAGACGGCGGAAAAGCACGCGGCGGCUAUCGGGCGCAUGAAGCAGCUGGAGAAGAAACUCAAACGCACUAUCGGGAAGUCCAAACCCUACUUUGAAAUGAAAGCCAAGUUCUACCUGCAGCUCGAGACCCUGAAGGCGACGGUGGACGAGCGGCAGGCUAAGCUAUCCCGAGCCAAAGCCGAGUACAAGGCGGCCCUGGGGAACUUGGAAGCCAUCUCGGACGAGAUCCACCAGCGCCGUCGCAACUCCGUCAUGGGUCCGCGCGAGCGCGGCGUCGGCUCGGACGGCGACCCGUCGUCGGACGGCGUUUCCAUGAUGUCAAUGUGCUCGGAUGACGAAGCCGGCGGCGUCGCCGCCUCCGAGGAAGACUCGGAGACGCGUUCCACGUCCAGUUUGGGUUCCCCCCCGGACAGCCCUAAGGAGGCGGCGUCUCCGUGCUCCUUCGCCACUUCUUGUCCGUCGCCGACGCCCUCCCGCUCUUCUUCCACCUCCUCGCCUUCGUCCGGGCCGCCCUCCAGGCCGCGCAGCUUGGACCUGCCCAACUCGGUCUCCCUGUCGGACUUCGGCCUCAUCUCGCCCGUGCUCGGCCCUCGGAGCGACUGCAGCGGGGCCUCGUCGCCCGAGUGCGACGUAGAAAGAGGCGAGCGAGCCGAAGGCGCCGAGGUGACGCUGGACAACGGGCCGGCCGUGGUCAGCAACCGGAGCACCGACAACCGCAACAAUAACAACAACGGCGCGGCCAAGAGGAGGAGGAGCUUCAACUUGGAAGCUCGGUUCAGCUUCCUCAAUCUGCGACGCCAACGCAGCGACGCCAAAAACACGGACAACUUUGCGCAAAAGGCCGUCGUGGUUAAAGGACUGUGAAGGACCCAUGAGAAGUUCUAGCAUAGACUGAUGAUGACUUUUUUUAUUUGUAUUCAAUGUCACGUUUAACUUUUUGUCCUUGUUGAUGUCUUCCAUUUUGAUGGAAGCGGUGAAUAUGUUAUGAAGCGGGAUUGUUAAAUAAAGAAAAUGUUGCACUGUUUCCACUUGCCUUCAGUUGUUUUAACCCAUUCAGUGACAAUAAUCACCACAUUGAACAGCUAUGCAAAAGUUCAUGCUUAACCUGACCUAACCCUUUAUAUGGCAAGGAACUAUCUUUGGUUGAAAAAAAAAAUUCAAUUAUCUUCGGAAGCGCUUAUCCUCACGAGGGUCGCAGCAGUGCUGGAAACAUAAUUUACCGUAUUGGCCCGAAUAUAAGUGUGUUUUUUGCUUUGAAAUAAGACUGA